AUUUUCUUGUGUCAAGACCAUUGAUUUUACUGUGCUGCAUAUGACAGGGCUUGGUUUGUUUGCAGAAAGAAAAAGAGAGAGAGGAGGUAGCUGAUAAGAAACUGUGGGAUAAAGGUGAAGUUUCAUAUAGAAAUACAGACAGAAGAAGAACAGUUUCACUAAGUCCUACGCAGUGCGAAGAAAGAUGAAGUUCCUGGUAUUGGCUGUUGUUCUCAUGCUGGUCGUGACAGGCGGCUCGGCCCUGGACUGCCUGAACUGUGUCCCAGCAAAAGCAGGAGGGGCCUGUGAGGUCACCACCGUAACCUGCCCCUCAGACAAAGACGCAUGUGCUGCUGCCAGGUUCCGCAGAAGUCCAUACGGUCAUUACCAGAAGUGCAUGUCCAUGUCAGGGUGUGAGAUGGUGAAACAGAACGCUUACGUCAACAUCAAGUGCUGUCAGAAGGAUCUCUGCAACACUUUCGACUGAUCUGCCACUGCCAUAAAUCAGCAUGACUCACAAAACAGCUUUCAAUAUGAUACAUUACACAUGUUUGUUUAUAAAUGUGCUUUUUUUGUUUAAUAUAUAAAAAAGACAACAUUUCAACAUUAAAUUCUUAUUUGUGCAAUGUUACAAAAACAGUCUGUUUCAAGGUGGUCAUUAAUAUUAAAAUAAACUAAGCAUGCUAGCA